GAAAACUCGUCCUUGAUCCUUCCCUGGGUCAUAGGAUUCAUCACUUUCAUGGCUUUGGAAGCUGUCGCCAUGGUCUACUCAAACGUCCUCAGAGAUCACGUCAACAAGCAGUUCGACGCCCUGUGCAAAGCGGAAGUGGCCUUCUUCAUCUCGAGGACCAUCAUCAAUGUUUUGGCGAUCGGUGGAGUGAUGAGGUAUUGCAACAUGCUGCGUGCUGGAAUCACGUGGAAGGGCCCAGAGGUGAUAGAGCUAUGAUCACGAGGGCCGAGCGCGGCGAUUCGAGGACACGGCCGUCGUCGAUCCGAACACGCCGUCCCAUCCGGCUACUACGGUCGAUGUCGAGUUGCAAGGGACGACAACGAUGAUGAUGACGAGGAGGAGGAUGAGGAUGACGAAGACUGCUCCCUCCUUGUGGUCGCCCCAUCCUCGGCCUCGCUGGCCACCACCACUAGAACUUCCACCUGCAGCACGUACUCCGACUCGGACAAUUCCGAAGAGUUUGUCUGACGUUGCCGCAAAGGGUGAGUUUGCUGCGAGACACAAAACACCACAACACGACGGCAGCCACCUAAUAAGUUGCAAAACAAAAACAAUUUAAGUUAGCUCUAAUCACAACUUUUACCUAACCUGAUCCACCUUAAGUCUUACCCAUAACCUAACCGAACAAAUAGUCUUACUAAAUUUAAUUAAUUAAACAUAGCCUCACCUAUCCUAACCUACCUUUCGCCUUAAGUAAACUAAAGUUAUUUAUCCUAACCUCGCUUAACCUAACUUAAAUUGCACACUCUUAUUAUGCAAUUUAUGGGGGGACACGCGAUGAAGCUGAUUUCAGUGGAAAUGGCAAUUUAAUAUUGCGUUUGUGUCAGUUACGUGAGGAAAAUGCGCGAAUAGAGCUGUGCGUAUGUGUGUGUAUGCGAAAAUAGAGAGGAAAAGAGAAAAAAAAACUGGAAAAUGUGAGCGGAAAAUUGAUGACGACACUUUUCUCCGCGAAUAUUUUCCAAGGGCUUUUCUGUCUCGCAGCAGCAGCAGUCUGAAUUUUCGCACGUGCGAAAAGCAGAGAAGGAAAUUAAAAGUAAAAAUAUCAAAAGAAUUGUUACGCAACUAUAAAACGUUUGUAUUUAUGGAUAGGAGAAUCGUAUAUAUAUAUUUAUAUUAUUGAUAAUCAGAGUUAAGUUAAUAAUAAUAAAUAAUAAUAAUAAUAAUAUAAAUAUGUAAAUGCCCGAGAACUUUCAUGAAUGUUUCAACUAUUAUUAAUUUGGUGACGUUCUAUUAUUAUUAUGAUCUGUGUGCCAAAAGCGAUGGAAGAACGAAAGAGAUUGUUGAAUCGAAAUGAUCACAUCGGAUUUAAAAAAAAAGAAAGAAAUAAUCAGACAUCUUUUGUUGUUCUAAGGCUUUCGAAACCAAAACUUUCUACUAAAUAAUAUUAAGUGUAAUUGUGUAACGUUAACAUUAACAUCAAAAAAAACAAAAAAACAAAUCUAAUAAUAUUACGAAUAAAUGUUAAGCGACAUAAAAGAAAAAAAAAAGA